CCAUGGCCUCAGCUGCAUAGCUCUCUGCAGCAAAGGGGGUCUCCGUCUCUGCAUCCACAGGGGCCUCUUCCUCCUCCAUAAUGCUGUCAGUGUGCGGCUGUUAACGGGUCCUGGAGUAUCCUGUUGAAAGGAGGAAGGUGAGCCAUCCAGGUCAUAUAAUAAUGCCCAGCAAAAAGAAGAAAUACAACGCCAGAUUCCCUCCGGCGAGGAUUAAGAAGAUUAUGCAGACAGAUGAAGAAAUAGGCAAAGUGGCUGCAGCAGUACCUGUUAUUAUAUCGAGAGCCCUGGAGCUUUUUUUGGAAUCAUUGCUCACGAAGGCCUGUCAAGUCACCCAGUCUAGGAAUGCAAAGACAAUGACAACAUCACAUCUAAAGCAGUGUAUCGAGCUGGAGCAACAGUUUGAUUUCCUGAAAGACCUGGUGGCAACGGUGCCGGAUAUGCAGGGCGAGGGGGAAGAGAACCACACCGAGGGGGGAGGAGAGAAAGUCCCACGCAGGGGUCGAAAACCAGGGUCUGGCCGCAAGAAUGGAGGGGCUGGCUCCAAAGGCAAGGACAAGAAGUUGUCUGGCACAGAGUCAGAGCAAGAGGAUGACUCUGAGGACAGUGAGACAGAUGGAGACGAGGAGGAUGGCUCUCAGUCAAGCACAAAUCUGCAGGCUGCAUCCAGGUUCCACAGCUCAAACGCACCCCCCCAGUACAUGCACAUGGGCAACAUGGUGUCAAUGGGCAGCAUGGCUCCAGCACAGCCCCAGGGCGGCAUGGCCUUCGCCCCCCACCCCUCCAUGAUGAGCGCCGCACCGCCUCCCCCACCCCCUGCGCCGCACAAAAAUGAGGACGACGACGAUGAAGACUAUGACUCUUAGCUCCCUCUUCCCUCCUCCUCCACCACUCUCGCACACACACACACAGACACACACACAGUCUUUUCAACAUCAUUUUCGAUUUUUUAAGUUCUUGCGGUGGGCGCUCUAAGCAGAGGAGGGAAAGACUCUUCAUCGCAGCCCGCUGACAGAAAAAGCCCUCGGCAGCAGGCUGUAAGAGACACCGCCGCAGGAGACAGAAAACUGGUUGUAUAUUAUGUGUUUUAAUUUUCCUUUUUCUUUUCUUUUUUUUUUUUUUAAAAAGAAAAGGUUUUAUUUUAUUGUAGAGGAAAAUCCAAUGAGGAUGUUUUUUAACCAGUCAGUCAUUCUAUUUUGACUAUUAAAAAUGGCAGUUGUCACUGUUUUUGCCAUGAGCCCCCGCAGACAGGAUAGGUGUGGUUUGUGUUGCCUUGUAGCUUUUCUUUUGGCAUUUUUUCUUUCUUCUUCAAUCCUCUGUAGUAGACAUUAUGAAGUGGACAAAUCAGUUACUGAAACCCUCAGGUUGGCUGAAAAAAAAAAAAAAACCGAAGUGGUAGUUAAAGUCUUA